AUGGCCACGCUCCCGGCCGCCGUCCAGGCCCUCAUCGCCGGCGCCUCCACCGGGCGCCACCUCCGGCAGGUCCACGCCCACCUCAUCACCUCCGGCCGCCUCGCUUCCCUCGGCCCCACCCUCCUGCGCCGCCUCAUUUCGCUGCACCCGCACCUCCACCUCGCUGCCGCCCACCGCCUUCUCCUCUCCAUCCCAUCCCCGCCACUCGACCUCUUCAACCUCAUCCUGCCGCCACUCGCCUCCUCGCCCGAUCCCGCAGCUGCGGCCGGACUCUACGUCCACCUCCGCCGCGGGGGCCUUAGCCCGGAUGCCCACACGCUCCCGCACGUCCUCAAGGCGCUCGCGCGCCUCGCGCCGGGCUGCCUCCCGCUCGUCACCUGCACCCACGCGGAGGCCGUCAAGACCGGCCUUGCGCGCGCCGUGGUGUACGUGCCGAACGCCCUCAUGGCUGCAUACUCUGCCUGUGGCCACUUCGGGCGCGCCAUGCAGGUGUUCGACGAAAUGGCGCGCCGGACCGUGGUUUCUUGGAACACCGCGCUCACAGCCUGCGCGGACAACGGCCGCCACGACCGGUGCGCCAGGAUGUUCGUGGACAUGGUAGAGGCUGGGUCCGUGCCCGAUCAGACGACGUUCGUGGUCAUGCUCACCGCUGCGGCCGAGCUGGGGAACUUGGCGCUUGGCAAGUGGGCACACGGGCAGGUCCUUGCCCGGUGGCUUGAGAUGACGCUUCAGCUUGGCACGGCUGUGGUGAAUAUGUAUGCCAAGUGCGGCGAGGUGAGUUACGCGUCACGCUUGUUUGAGAGGAUGGCAGCACGGAACGUCUGGACAUGGAGCGCGAUGAUCAUGGGGUAUUCACAGAACGGGAUGGCACGCGAGGCACUGGAGCUUUUCGACAGGAUGAAGGAUGCAUCUGUUGUGCCCAACUAUGUCACAUUUCUUGGACUCCUCUGCGGAUGCAGCCAUUCUGGUCUGGUCAACGAGGGCCGCCGAUUCUUCCAUGAAAUGCAGCAUGUCUAUGGCAUCAAACCAAUGAUGACACACUACAGUGCCAUGGUUGAUGUCCUGGGACGCAACGGCCGCCUCCAGGAAGCUUUUGACUUUGUUGUGGACAUGCCGGUCGAGGCCGACACAGUCGUGUGGAGGACGUUGCUGAGCGCCUGCCAGCUGCACAGCUCCAAGGACUGCAUUGCCAUCGUUGAUAAGGUGCAGAAGAGGUUGCUGGAGCUGGAGCCCCGCAGAAGCGGUAACCACGUGGUGGUCGCGAACAUCUACUCGGACAUUGGGUUGUGGGACAAGGCGGCCAUGACGAGGAGGGUGAUGAGGGAAGGGGGGAUGAAGAAGAUGGCAGGUGAGAGCUGUGUCGAGGUAGGAGGACGGAUUCAGCGGUUUGUCUCCGGGGAUGAAUCCUGUCCUGGAUUGGGUGGGGCUUACAGGAUCCUUCAUGAGUUGAACAUCAACAUGAGAAAAUGGGAACCUGUGGACAAAAUCUUGCUUGCUGAUUCUGACCUGUGA